AUGACUACAGAAACUCUGCCCUUGCCUCCCCCCACAGCUGGGGAGUACCACAGAGGCACACUUCUGGAAGGCCAGGAGAGCCCCGUGGCAGACGUAUUCAGAGGCAUGGUGGAGAGUAGGGACGUGGCUAAGAAUGUCCCCAUAACCAAUGCACCAGAUGACUCCGUGGUCCCCCCACUUGAGGGUGCCAUCAGUUCCCUUGCCAACAAGAAUGUACUGGAAGAAUCCUCUCCCCCGGUACACAACGACAACGAUCCUGUUGAGAAGUCCUCCUCAGCUCCAUGUAUGCCUUCGGAGGCACUUAAAAUGGCCGAUGUCUCAAGUCAACCAGACCAAGGGCAUGUUAGUGGCCAUUUCAUACAUCAGAACAAGAUGCCAGAUCCCCCCUCAGAGCAACUGAAAACUGAUGAUACUCCAAGCCUGCUGGUCCAAGGGGAGGGCGGUAGCCAUCUUACAUGCCAUGGUGAGAUACCGGAUGCCUUCUCAGAGCAACAAGGCCCUGCUGGGAGCUGGGAGCCGCUGGUCCAAGGAGAGGAGGGAAGGCUUCCUCACGGCCAUGAUAAAGACCCAGCUGCAUCUACUGACACCCUGAAGCCAUCUGAAACUCUUGAUGCACUCACCAAACUUGAUGAAGAGAGCAAGGGAAGCCCCCUUGUUAAUCACAGGGAUACUUCCGGAGUUCCGCCAGAGAGGCAGGAAUCGACCAACACCACACAUCCGCUGGGCACAAAAGAGGAGAGCAGCCUUGUGAAUGGCCAUAGCCAGCCUCCUGGGGCUGCUUCACAAUCUCCAGAGCAGCCAGCAGAACCUGACAGGAGCCCCAAACAAGCAACCAGCCGUGAGGAGAACAGCCAGGCCGACUGUGCUAUGAUUACCCCUGAGGCCCCUGGCACGUUGCUCCUGGGGGCAAAUUCUCCAAGGCAACCACCGGGAGGAGACGGCUUUGCCUCCCUUGACCCCCUCCUCAGUUCUGCUCCCUCUGCUGAGUCCCAAGGGGCACGUCAUACUGCCCGCACGGUGAAUCAAGAGGUCGAGCUGGGCUGCCACCAAACGGCAGAGAGAGUGGAGGAGACAAGAGAGCUGGGCGGGCUGGGUCCUCAGUCGCUAGCUGCCGAGAGAGAUCUGGGUCACUUGAACGGGCAGUUCUCGAGGGAGGACUCCCAGGCCGACGGAAAGCAGGUUGCUCGAGGGGCCAGCUGCACCUCCGCGGCACCUUCCCCAGCAUCAGCAGCCCCUCCGUCGGAUGUGGACGGCACUUUCUGCCAGCAGAGGGCAGCAGGCCCAGGUUGUGAGACUCCCCCUCAGGCAGCCCCAGUGCGGUCUCCUGUGGCAACCGGUGACUCUUCUUGCGGGCCUGCCCACCAGGGCCCGGCUCCUGUGUGUGACAGGCAAGACAGGGAGGGGCUGGCUGUCCAUGAAUCAAGUGAAGCCGGCGAUCGCAAUACACCCCAGGGUGAGGUUGGAGCCAAGGCUGUGCUGGAAUCUGAGAAGGGAGAGGGAGCAGCCGGGGACGCUGACGCCGGGCCUGAAGAAGCCACCGGAGGAGAACCAGAAGCCGGUGCCAAGGACCCAGCUGCUGCCCAAGUGCGGGCCAGGGAUUGGGAAUCCCCCGAGUUGGACGUUCUAACUAGUACCAGGGAUCUGGCUGAUCCCCAAGACCCAGCUGGUGCCAUGGUCCUAGCCAGCGCUGAAGAUCCACUCGGUGCCAGGGACAGAGCAGACUCUGGAGAUCUGGCCAGUGCCAGCUCCCCAGUGGCGGCGGCAGGGGCGCCUACAGAGCAGACUGGCUCCAGUCUAACACCUACAGAUGACCUGUUAACAGGUGUGGUGGACCCUUCGGCCGGUGCUGGAGACCUGGUGAGUGUCGCAGAUGCCGUUCGUUCCCCGCCCGCUUCUGAUGAGCCCUCCACGGCCGGUGGCUCCGGCUGCCCCACGAACUGGGUGGGGAAUACUGAGGAUAAUCUGGAGGCUCCCCAUUCCACCAACGAGACCCCUAUUGAGAAGGAGAUCCGCCUGCACCUGGAGCGAGAGGAGCUCCUGAGACGGGAACGGGGCCUGGCUAGCCCGCGGGUCACCCAGGAGUAUGUGGAGGUGCGGAUCAGGCCGAUCCUGAACCAGAGUGUGCCCCCAUCCCCACUGCCUAAGGAGAAGGAGCGCCAGUGGGCUGGUGUUCAGAUGCAGCGGGAGAUCCAGCGCGAGUGUCGGCGUGAAGAGGACCUGGUACAACUGGGGAAGGUGCGGGGAGCCUAUGACCGUGGGACACCCCAAGAAAUGCAGGAGAAGAAGAUGCUCUUCGAACAGCACUCCAGCCUCGAGUCUUCGGCCUCCAGGAAAGCGGUGCAGAGCAGCACCGAGGGAAUGAGGGGACCAUCCUUUGCCGAGGCCAACAGUGCGACCAAUGUGGUCAUCCUGGACUCUGGUGCUCUGCUGCGAUCCCAGCGGCCCCCCUUAGAAAGGACCCCCGUGGCCAACCCCUUCUUCUGCUUGCGUGCCAAAAGCCCCCAGUCUCUGCUGGAGCAGGAGGUCCAGGAGGCCCAGCAACGGGAACAGGAACUGCAGAGGCAGAGGUACAACCUGUAUGGCUCAGCACUGCCCUGUCGCUCUGCGGAGGCUUCGGAUCAGGAAGAGGAGAGCCCCACCCAACCAGAGCGACCGUUGUGUAAGAAGCUGGAUUUCACGUGGCCCCCUCCAAGCCCUGCUGAGAGCUCCCAGGUGAAUGGCCUCCAUCAGCCAGAGAGAAGCCCUCGAACCCUUCGCCGCCAGAAGAGUGCCUUAAUUGAGCGCUGGGAGUCGGGGACCAUUGGCAACCAGGAAAGCCAGGAUUAAGGGCUGCUACAGCAAAAAGAAGCAGUGGGUUGAAUCUCCAGCGAUGAGACACAUGGGCAGUCCAAGGCCUCCCCCUACCUUGCUCUAGACAUCCCAUGCCAUGUAUGAGCGCACGUCCGACACUGGCCACAUGUUCUUUCCGCUCAGCCUUUUCAUUUGACAACCCACAUUCAAGAGCAUGUCUGCAUGCAACCAACUUGAUCAGAGGCUUGAUAGAACACAGCUAGCUGGCCUCCCUCUCCCAAAUUUCUCUUUGGGACAAGGAAGAGAGACUAGAGGCAGGUCCCAAAGCAUCACUCUUCACACUAGUUUCAUGGCAUGUAGGUACACUUGGAGGAGGAGGAUGCUUCGUUACAUGUCCUCUCCACGCAAAGCUAGGUUUUGCCUAGAUCAGAUCUGCAUUGGGCUGCCAGACAAGGAGGUUUCAAGAUGGGGAGCCAUUGGGAGAGGCAGGCACAGGAAGCGGGGGGGGGCGCUGGCAGCUGUGCAUGGGGGCCUGCUGUGAAGUUGUUGUUGGGGAGGGGUGUGCCUGUGUGCGGAGAGGAGUUGUCUCGUGCCAGCAGCAACCUGCCCUCUUUGGGCCUGGGAGUUAACUGGUUCGGGGGGGGGGGGGCAGAAGUCUGGGCUGACGUGCCUCUGAGCACAUAUCCUCAGGGAAGUGGAGAGGAGAGGAGAGCUGGUCUUGUGGCAGCAAGCUUGACUUGUCCCCUUAGCUAAGCAGGGUCUGCCCUGGUUGCAUAUGAAUGGGGGACUUGAUGUGUGAGCACUGUCAGAUAUUCCCCUCAGGGGAUGGAACCGCUCUGGGAAGAGCAGAAGUAUUCAGUUUCCCUCCCUGGCUUCUCCAAGAUAAGGCUGAGAGAGAUUCCUGCCUGCAACCUUGGAGAAGCCGCUGCCAGUCUGUGAAGACAAUUCUGAGCUAGAUAGACCAAUGGUCUGACUCAGUAUAUGGCAGCUUCCUAUGUUCCUAAGUGGUGAGUGCUGGUCCCUGCAAGACUGUUUUGUACUCGUACCCAUCUUUGAUAUGCGGUGUGUGUAUUUUGUCCUUAGACAUUCAUACUGAAGGACAAAGAUGUCUUUCAGGAACCAGCCCGUGCAGGCAACUUAUGCCAACACAUUUCAUUGGAGAUGAAACAUGGCAAGAAAAACAACUUAUCAAAGCUUUGCCCUUGACUUCUUUCCCCCCCCUGCAGAACAAGCAUCUUUCAGUUCAAAGAGAUGCUUGCCUUUGUCUGUGCCAGUGAGAAUUAAAAGUCAUUCAAACAGGAGUGAUUCCAGACUGUUGCCUUUCGUAAACUCUAGAGAACUCUUGGCCUCCCACAAGAGGAGGAGUCAGAUGGAGUUUGGGAUGGAGAAGAAAUCUGGACUAUUAAGGACUUGUUGGGAUGAUGGUAAGCAUGGAGUACUGUUAAAUAUUCCGGCUGACUCUUUUGCUCUGCCUACCCGGCCUCUAAAUGUCAGUAGCUAAUCUGUUGUGACGGCACAGUGGGUCUGCGUUAUUUCUGUACAUGCAUCAGCUGCCUGGCCCUGGGCUUGCAGGAACCUCUGUGGCAUCACAGGGACCUGAUACAGGCCUUAUAUAUAAUGACAGCCAUUUGUUCAGCUGCUCUGAUGUCACAGAGGGCCUUUGUAAGCUCUAGUCGAGAUCAGUGACAACUCUUGGAAAACCUUUGAUUUUGAAUGCCGACAUCCAUAGGCUAUUUGAAAUAUGCUGACAUAUAUUUAGGCCAUGGUCUUUUGAAUAACAAGUCACAGGUACAGAACAGUCAUGGAGCCUUAGAACAGAGCAGUCGUGGAGCUUUUUGCCAGAAACAAACAGACAACAACACUCAGAGGCGUAACGGCGGGAAACGGCACCCAGGGCAAGCUCUGCCCCUGAAAUUGCGCCCACCCCACAUACCUGCGCCCCCCUGGCCGGAGUGAGCGCGGCGGCGGCGGGCGGUGGCAGAUCGCGCGGCGGCGGGAGGCAGCGGGAGUGAGCGCAGCGGUGGCAGCGGAUCGCCGAGUGCGGCGGCAGCGGGCAGCGGCGGAUCGCCGAGUGCAGCAGUGGC